AUGUCGGUAUUACGAAAUGAAAUGAAUUUUUUUAUUAAAAAAGAAAAAAAUAAAAUAACCGGAAAAGGAUUAAAAAAUUUUUUAUCAUCGAUAGGUAGGAAAAUUUUUGGUAAAGUUAAUAAAAAUGAAAUCGAAUAUGGGGAGGCGACAUUGACGAAAAAAAAAAGGAAAAAUUGCAUAUUGAAAAGUGUAUCAUCAUUAUCAUCAUAUCCGAUUUACGACGACGAUGGAUUUUUUAUACAUUCAUCAUCACCGUAUCACAUAAAUUUUAAUUUUUCUAAAGAAAAUAAUAAUAAUAAUAAUAAUAUUCGUGGGGGUUUUUUAACGAGGAAAAAAAAUUUACGAGGAAAAAACAAAAGAAAUGAAUUUUGUUGCAGAGAAUGCCAUUGGGGUAAAUUAUUAAAUAAUAAUAAUAAUUCAUAUUCGAAAUUUUCAAUCGUUUCAUCGGAUUCUGCAUGCGAUUUGUCACUGUCGGAAAGUUCUUGCGAUGAUUUAAAAUGCAUUUACCGGAAACCGGAAAUAAAAUUAAAAAGAAAAAGAAGUAAAUCGGCUGGAGAUUUACCCGGAGGAUGUAAAAGAACGGUUGAAAAUUUUAUUAAAAUUCAUAAUGAUAAUAUUAAAAAUGAAUUUUUCGAAAGUUUAACACGUGGAGGAAGAGGUGGGGAAGGAGAAGAAUAUAAUAAUGAUGAUGAUGAUACCGUACAUAGUUACGAAUCUUUAAUGUACGAUUUUCAAAAAUAUAAAAAUUUCGAUGAUUCCGACUACGAUUUCCUAUUAACAAAAUCAAAUUAUAAAGUUAUCGAACCGAGUUAUGAAAAUUUAAAAGUCAUUGAAAAUUGUUAUGCCAAUUUGUUGGCAUUUUAUUCUAAGCACGAAAGGGGCACCGGUCGAUCAGCUGAUCAACAAGUUUUUUUACUUAUGAAUGAGUGA